AUGGGUAUUUGUGCAGGAAAGUCUUAGUAAAGAGAGAAUCUAGUGACAGAUAUUGAAUCGAUACCUAUUCUAACUUAAGGUACAUUGGACUUUAAUGUGAAAAUAUCGGGCAUUAAGGUAAAGAUGGACAAUCUGCCAGCUGGCAAAAUAUCAAUGAAAAUAGGUGAAUAUGACUAAUUUGAAACAGAAUGCUCGAAAGAACUUUACGGAAAAUUAUAUUUUAAACAGACUCAUGCAUUUUAAAUGUCUACAACAGAAGAACAAUUGAAGAAGUAGCAUCUGAUUGUGACAUUGUUGACACCGAAUAAUGAGAAUAUAGCUUCGAUUUAAAUUAAUUUGUUUUUAAUAGCAACUGGGCCACAGCACAUGGAUUACGAAUAUACUGGUUUAAUUAAUAAGAAAUCAUAAUAGGGUAAAAUAAGCUUUGAUUUUAAAAUUGCAUAAAUCAUUAAAGUAAGCAUUGUGCCGUAGUUGAUGGAAUUUAAUAUGAACGAACCACUAAUACAUUCAGAAUAUUAUUAUUCACUUAAAAUGGUCACUUCAGUCUUGUGUUUUUAAAGCGAAUACUCAGAUGCAUUCUUGAAUCCAGCCUAUCAAAAGAAUUAAUAAUCCACAAAUAAUAGUGCUUAAGCCAAAUAAUAAGUUAUCAAAUAAAUUGUGUACAAAUAAUCUGGAGUUGAAAUGACCGUCGAAGUGCCCCUCAUAGAAAUAUCCUCCUCUAGCAUUUAAGUGUGUUUGUGGUACAAUGAAUAAGCCAACAAUGUGACAUCAGGAAUGAACAAAACCCAACAUACUCUUAUAGCCGAAACAUAUUUCAAUCUUAAUCAAAUAUUUACUCAAGCAUUAAAUAGUGAUCAAAUUUGUGAGAAUAAUUUAAAAGUGUAUAAGAUUUUGUAUCAACAAACGAAUAGGAGAUUAUGGAAUCAUGGAGUGUUGGAAGGCAGUUUGAAUUGUAAUCUCUAAGUCAUUAUUCCAACCUAUUUAAAUCAAUAAAUUGUAGGUGUGAGAACUGACAAAGGGAUAUAAUAAGGGAGCAGUGUUGUAAAUUCAGGAAAGAUGCCAGUGAAGGAAAUCCAAUAAUUAAGUCAGUCAGGGCAGCAAUUAUUAGAUAUUUAAUACAAGAUACAAAAUUGUUCAUCAAACAAUUUAUUUCUUAAAUCAGAAUUAAAGAACCAUCAAACUGUCCAAUUGAAUACUAUCUAAACUAUAUUAAAAUAGAGUGAUAAACAGUCGAUCAUCUGUUUUGAAUAUAAAUCUCAAUAGGAUCUGUUCAACGCUCAAAAAUUAUUAAUUGAAAUAGCCUCCAAACUUUUAGAAUCUGCAGAUUAACAAGAGGAAACAAUUAGGGAAUAGUAUUACGUUCUCAUUAAGUUAAUUUUAAAUAGAGGGGAACUAAGUUUAAAUCAAGUGGGAUUCUCUGAGGAGACAGAAAAAACUAGUGAAAAGCUGCUUAAAUUCAAGACAGAGAUUGGUCUCAAUUAUCAAUCUUUUUUAUAUAAAUGUCUUGGUAUUGUGUUGCAGAAAUUGAAACAGAAAUUUUUGGCUGAAAAUGAAAGGGCAUUUGUUGAACACUUUUUUGCAAGUGCCUAUUUUAAAAUCCCUGAAUUCCGAACCAAAAUAAUUCAGAGUGUUUAAAGAGCAGAUGAUCCAUAAAUUCCAGAAUGGAGAUCGCUUACUAAGCAAACUGAUGAAAUCACCAAUAAGGAAUUUAAUGACUUAUUUGAUUGGAAUAGACACUUUUAUGAAUAUCUCACUAAACAACCAAAAUAUAUAUGCCAACAUCAAUAAACUGAUGGAAAUUAUCAAUUAGGAAGAAUGGCAGAAGAGAAUUGGCAAAAGAGGCAUUGCCUUCUUCUUUUUUCUUAAGGAGUGGUGUGA